AUGAAUCGGCGGGUGUUUUCAUGGAUUUUUACGUUUCUGAUUUUGACCAAUGAUUUUGUAUUGCCGGUUUAUCAUUGGAGAAUUAGUGAGGAUGGAAAGAAGAUUGAAGCUGUUGUGAGUUUUUUUUUUGAGAAUAAAAUUUGAGGAAAAUUGUAAUUUCCGGAGUUUGUUACCCCAGAAAUUACUAUUUUAAAAAUUUGUUUUUUUUUUCAAACGGCAUUCACUUGAAAAAUCACUGCUUUCAAAGUUUAUUUAUUUCAAUGACUGGAAUUUAGAAGAUUAUGAAUUUUUGAAACUUGGAAAAAUUUGAAACAGGUGAAACAUUUUUUGUAGUUUUAUUUUAUUUUUCGAGUUUAUUUUUUCACUGUUUCAAAGAUUUGUUCAGAAUAGUUUUGUGUAAAAUUGAAAUGCUAUUUCAAGAAUUUUUCCUAUAUAAGUUUUUCUCAGUAAAGUGCGUAUUAAAAAAGUUUAAUAUAUUUUUUUGUGAGAAAUUAAUCUGAGUUUCCUGUGAAAUUCCCAAAGAAAAUCACGAUUGGAAAAUUUACUGUUUCAAAGUUUGAAGUUUGAAAUUCAAACAAAAUUCAAACACCGUUUGCUUUAGUGCGCAACAAAUAACUUAUUUAAUAAGUUUUUUCGAGAAAAAUAAUAUAAAAUUCAGCCUGAAAAAUUUGAGAAAGAACUUUUGCUCAACAUAAAAUCUUAUUGUUAGGCCAUUCUGAAAACGAUCUUGAAGUCGAAAAUUGACAGAAAACUUUUCAGCCCGUUUUUGGAUCUUCGAGAUUUAUCCAAAAAAGUCCUGUAUUUUCCAGAUCAACACUCCGUAUCAACUUCGAAUUCCCGGAUCUUUGACCGAUUUUUUGCAACAAGUUGAAAAUGUUCGAAGAAUUGAUGUACAUAUGUCUGAAAUGCAAAAAAUGGUGGAUAAAAUCAGUAUUCAUGAGCAAUUAGACAAUCCACAAUUUGAAGAAGAUUUUCGGAAAAAAGAGCCAACUUGUAUUGCAUCAAAAGGUGUCACUUUAGAACCCGAAAGUUUUCAUACUGUGUAUUCGGCUGAACUUUGUCCGGAGUUUCAUAAAAGCUAUGAGGGAUACACGGCAUUUAUCAAAGAGUAUUUUGGAACACCGCCAGAUAAUGAUAAACGAUUUCCAAGAUGUCAAUAUUGGUUCAAAGCUGUGAAGAUAAAGGGAAUCAAUUUGGAGAAAGUGAAAUUGUCGGAUCGACCGAUGCCAGCUGAUCCGAGUUAUUAUAAAAUUCUUCGAGGAUACUUUGGGAAUUUUGCGAAAUUACCGAGAUCGCCUGGCGGAGAACAGGAAAGUAUAAAGAAAUAUGGACAAAUGUUGGCGAGUAUGUUAUCGCAUAGCGAUGAACGAGUAUCAAAAAAUGCAUAUUUGCAUAUGGCGGCGGCGGCUUGGUGGAGGGCUCAAGGACAUUUAUCUGAUGCUCUUGUUUGUUUGAAUACUGCGAGUCAGUUUGUGUGAGUUUUUUGGGGUCGGAAAUUCUGGAAAUAAGGUAGAAAGUUGAUAAAUUUCAUCCUUUUUAAAAUUUUCAAACAUAAUUCCCGAUUUUUUUGUCAAAUUAAAACAAAUACAUAAAAAAUUUACCCAUUGAAAAAUUUUUAGUGCUUGAUUUUUAAAUUUGAAAACCCAAAAUUUCUAGAAUUUUGAAAUUUCGGCUCUGUUAAUCCACGUGGAAAAAAAAGAAAAAUGAAAAAAAUCCCAUAUUCCAAAAAAAUUACGUGAAAUUUAAUUUUACGUGAAAAUGUUUUCCAAAAUCUCAUCAUUUUCAAUUUUUUUUUUGAAUUAGAAAUAGUGUGUGAGUUAUUUUCAUCAGAAAUGCUCUAAAUUCCAUAUCCUCCCAUUUUUCCAGCGAAAAUCCAGAAAUUCCGAGUUUCAAAAGUGAAGCCGUCAAAGUCUCCAUUGGAAAUCUUCUAAAUCGCGCUGGAUAUUCUCUAGAUGCUUAUAAAUUCCUGAAAUCAAUCGAAUUCAACAACCCCGAUAAAAUAUUAUGUUUGACUGCUAUGACACAUGCUGCAAUUGCAGAUUCUUCAGUUUUAACAGGACCAGAUGACAUACCAAAUACGGAGCAAAAUAAUCAAAAUGAGCAAGAAACUAUACAUUUCAAAUUGACGAAGAAAGAGAGAAAUGGUGUAUUUAGUAAAUCAUUUGAAAAUUAUGAGAAAGCUAUGUCUUAUUUUGAUGAUGCGAAAAAAGAAAAUGACCCGAAACAUGAGCAAUUUUUCAUAAAUAAUUUGAAAAAAUGCGAAUCGAAAGCAUAUGUUUUAUCAUGUCAUAUGAGAUUAUAUGAAGCAUUGGAAAAACAAAAAGAGAAUUUGGAGAAAUUGGUGACUGAGAAAACAAUGUAUCAAGAAGUGCAUUCGAAACGAAUUGAAGCAUCUAUUCAAUUGAUGACACUUUUAGCGAUUCCCGAAAUGAGGCAGAGUGAGAGGUUGUUCUAUGAUCAAGUUAGAUAUGGCCCCAAUCCUAGUGAGUGUUUUUUCUAUUACAGCUUAAAAUAAGUUAAAUAUUGCUUAACCGUUUUUUUCUCGUGAGUUAGUAUUUUCAGAAAAAAACAGCAGAUGUUUGUUCAAAAAACGAGAAUUAGCGUUGUUGAACUCUUUUUGAUUUAUGGAAGUUUUGAAACACCAAAUUUUUAAAACUAAAAUUGUUAUCAUAAGAUUCUGACAUAAAUAUUAAUCUGAAAGUUUGGAAAGUGAACAAAUUUGAUUUUAUCAUAAAUUUCAUGAAAGAAAGUUCAACAUUAUUUUAUUUUGAAAAUAUUUCGACACAGUAAUGGUUUUCAUAUUAGGAAUCCAAUGUUACAGAAAACUAAAUUUCGGCGAAAAUCAGUUUGAAUUUGAAACAGUAGAAUUUUUUCACCAAUUUUCUAUUAAUAUUUUAUUUCAGACCGGGAAUGUAAAGAAACGCGAAUUAACAAAUUUCCGCAUUCAAAACGCGAUGGAUUUGCAGCAGAUAUAAUGUUAUGCAAACUUCGAUCAACUGAUGAAGAAUAUAAUCAAUCGAUGGAAACACAAAGACAAUCAACAAUUCAUAAUCGGCCAGCUUUGAAUGACACAAAUUGGAAAGUUGUUGAAACAUUUGCCAGGAAUCGAAUGUUCGAAAAAGGAUUGAAUGAUUUGGGAAAAUUAAGUCAAGACUAUCCGGAGUAUUUUAGAAUGAUUCAACCGAAAUAUGAUGGAGUUAGGUGAGCGAUUUUUUUUUGAGUUAGGAAAAUGAGAAACUAUCAUGAUUUCAUGAAUCAGUGAAUUUUUUAAAAUUGAAUAUUAUUUCUAGAAUAGUCCAUUUUCUGAAAAAGUUUCUCAAAAUCUAUAAGGUUUAUGAAUAUUCAUUGUUUGAAACAUUAAAAUAAACCUUGUGACAUAUUUUCGAAAAAUUUUAAAUUCAUAAUUUAUCAAACAGUCUCUACAGGUUUUUUGCACAAAAUCCAGUUUAUCAAGCAAUCUCCAUUAAUUGUUCUAAUAUCUAUCAUUUUUCUGAAACAGUGAAAAAUACAUUAGACAAUUUUUUGAUUAAGAUUUAUUCACAGUUUAUUUUAUUUUUAACAAAGAAUGAAAUAGUUAUUCCGUUUUUGAACCGAUCUGCAAAUUUGCUUUUGGAAACCUGAAAAUGGUUUGUUUUCACUUAAUUUCAAUGUAAAAUUCAAUAUUUGAUUCACUUACAUCGUGGAAGGCCUUUUGAACAUAAUAGAAAAAUAGAAAUUAAUAGAAAAAGUACUGCAGUUUAGAUGCAGUUUAUGAAAAUGAAAAUUUCUUGAGAUUUGAAGGAAUUAUCUCUAAUUUCCUUGGUGAUUUUUUGUAAACAAGUUUUUUUUUCAAAAAGGCUUGUCAUACGUCAGAGAGAUUAGGAGGAUUUUUGAGAUUUGAUGGAAAUUCAUUUAAGAAAUUGGAAAAACAUGGUAUUAUCGAAUUAAAAUUUUCGUAACAGUGAUUUUUGUUCAAACAAAAAUUAUUUUCAAUAUUAAAAAAAUUUAAAACAAAACCAAACAAGUGUUUUUUUUGAAACAGUGAGUUUUCCCCAACAAAAAAGCAUAACUAAAAUAAUUCAGAUCCGAUGAAUCUCGAGAUCGACCUUGGCGCCGCGCAGAUUGGCCAAAUUCAGUCGAUUGUCAAGCUGUUGUUUCAUCUUCAAAUCCUUUCCGACUCGAAACUUUUCCCCAAAUUUUUAUCUCGCCAGAAAAUCGAGGAUGGAUGUAAGCAUUUUUAGAUUACUGUCUCUCCAAAAACAUCCAAUUUUUUCAGAAUUUCUGAACUCCUCACAAAACAUCUAACAUUGAGCCAAUCAGAUUCUUUGCCACUUCCAUGGUUCGAACCAAGAUGUGAUUUUGUGGAAAGAGAAGAGAUUUUGGUGUUCACUGGACAUGAAGCAAUUGAAAGAUUAUUGAAUAAAAGAUAUGAUCGAAAUAAUGAAAAAUAUGCGGAAAAACAAUUGAAAACUGUUCUGGUUCGAUUAGCUGAUCGAGUUAUGGAAGAUCAUGAAAUUGGAGCAAGAAUUCAUCUUUUGAUGAAAUAUAAUAUUGGUCCAAGAUGGGUUUCAUUGAAUUUGGCUGGUUUAUAUUGGAGAGUUCAAGGAAAUGCACAUCAGGCUACGAAAUGUUUGUUGGCUGCAUUUUUAGAUCAACCACAGGAAUCGUUUAUUGCGAUAACACAGAUGGCUCAGGUUAUAUUGCGAGCGACGGGAAUGGUUAAUGAUGCACAUAAUUUUAUAAAUCAACAACUAAAUCUUUUGGGUUAUCGUGAGCCGAUGUUUCAUUUGGUUUUGGGAAGAAUUAAAUUGUUGUUACAUGAUGUUGAUAAAGCAAUACAACAUUUGAAAGAUGCGUUGGAUAAAGAACCCGAAGAUGAGAUGAUUGCCGAAGAUUUGCUCAAAAUUGCGUGUAGUGGGAAGAGUACGAAACCGGCGAUUUCUUCGCAAUUUCCUACGGUUUGUUGUUCGCCAUUGGUGCAGAAUGCGGUUUGUAUUAAGGUUGGUGAAUUUUUUGAAAGAAUAGUUUUUGAAUAAGUAAAGAAUCAAUGAGAUUCUCAAAACAGUCAGAAAAUUUCUUUAAACCAAGUUUUGAGUAUGUUUUCAUAGAAAAUAGUGAGCUUAGAUCUCAAUUUUUUUAAAACUUUCCGGCACAAGUAAUGGUUUUAUUAAAGUUGCAAUGUAUCAUUAAACUUAAUGUGAUUUUUGAAACAGUGAAAUUUUGGUGUUCCAAUUUUUGAAAAAAUUGAAAAUUACGAUAUUUUUGAACGGAUCAAUUUCAAAAAAAUGUAUUUUUACAAGUAUAAUUUUUGAAACGUAUUUCAUUAUGCCAACAAUUUUGGUUUAACAAACAAGAUGAAAAUACGUCAAAUUAUGUUUUUUUCUUGCAGCCAAAUCGAGAUCAAUCUGAGCAAUGUUACAUAGUUGAUUCAUCUUCUCCAAACUCAAAACCUCAUUUAAUUUAUCAUCGCUGUAAUGGAAUUUAUGACGGUCAAAGCAAAAAAACAGCGGAUUUCGCGAAUAUCGUCUCACCAUUUCUUCUCGUUUUCAACACAGUUACUCGAAGAGAUGAUGUUUCGAAUUGGAUUGAUCAAGUUGAUGGAAUUCAAACUGUCGAAAGUCAAGAAUUACCUCUUGAUUAUGGUGGAACUGAAUUAUUCUUUACUGAAAGACCAGUUGAUUGGUGGCAUAAUUCGAAAAAUGAAAUGAAAUAUAAAUUACCGGUCAAAGAAACAUCGAUAAAUGAUGAAUGGGAAGAGGAUGAAAUUGAAUCGGAUUUGGCAAAGAUUCCCGAGAAACCGUUGUCAUUUUUAUGGAUUAAAGAGAAGAGUUUAAUGAUGCAAUAUGAUUCAAAACUACCUGCGCUUUUACCAAAACCAUCGAUUCAUCAAAUUCGAAAAGGUGUUGCGAUUUUCCCGAAUCCGAAAGCAUCAACAAUGCAGUGUAAUGGAGUUGCAAAGUUGGAUGUUUUAUUUGAUAAUGCGCCUUCAACUUGGGUUUCGGUUACGGCGAAAGGAGAAGAUAUUGAAAAAUAUGUUGAUUUACGAACUAUAAUUCCAGGUAGAUAUUUUGGGCAUACAUAAAAUAGGUCCCCCGAGUCAGUUUUCAAAGUUAAGGUCCCUCCUUCAAAAUUUUCCAAAGUUAAACACCUUCCUCACAUUUUUGAGCGAAUUUUGGUAAAUUAUCAGCAGGAAAUUGGCCAAGUUAGGCACCCUUCCCUUCAGAUUUUUGAAAAAAGUUAAGCCCCUCACCCCGAUUCUGGGGACCCAUUUUAUGUAUGAUUUUGGGGGCUGAAAAUGAAAAUUAGAGGGUUGCUGUAAUUUUUGGCGUUAGAAUAUUCGAAUUUUGAGAGGUUUUUUUGCAUCAAAAAUUUACUAUUGCAGCAAUGGCAUCACUUCAACCAAUUUGCCCUGGAACAGAUAAAUAUGAGACAUCUCCAAUUCUGGGCCUCGAUCAUAUUCCCGCAUUUUCACUCAGCGAUCAAUUUUUAUUCUAUAAACCGGAAAAAGCAUUGGCCGAAGCUUUGAAAUCUUUGGGAAAUGAGCGAGAUACAAUUGAACAUGUUGCUGCGCGACUUCAUGCAGCAAUGUUGCAUAAUUCGGCAAAAGAUGGACAAGUUAAUUGGCUUUUAUGUGUUUUGUCUUCGCUUUAUUGGAGAGUUACUGGAGAUGCGGAAAAUGCAAUGAGUUGUCUGAAAUGUGCACUGCAUACUGCGCCUCCACAUAUGAGAGAUGUUGCACUGGUUUCGUUGGCCAAUGUUUGUCAUCAGGCGGGAUUGUUGAAUUCGGCAUUGAUUGCGGCUGGAGCUGCGUUGAGCACUUCUCCGAGAUUGGUUGCGAUUCAUUUUACGCUAGCGAAUAUUUAUGCGUCGAUUGUGAGUUUUGGAGGAGGGUGGGAAUUGAAAUUGAAAUUUUGGCUUGAGAAAUUUAAUUUUCUGAUUCUGAAAAGAAACCAACCGGUAUACAAAAAAUCUACCUGAAUUUAAUUUUUGUUUGAAAUUCUUUGAAAUUCCAAGAAAUUUCCUCCAUUCUUCCAUCCGAAAAAAUCCUAUUCUUUUUGCAGGGCGACUAUCAAAGUGCUCUCAAUUUCUACUAUUCAACAUUAUCACUUCAAUCCAAUUUUCAACCAGCAAAAGAUCGAAUUCGAGCGAUUUAUUGUCAUUCAAAUCAAGAAUUUGAUUUUUCGUAA